CAUCAUUACUCUCCUUCUUUCUUUCUUUCUCUCUCUAUAAGAUUUCCUUUUGAUCCAAUCUCCCAAUUGUUGCCAUAAGCGGCUGGCUUUUUGCCGGUGACUGCAAAGGCAAUUUUUAUUAACAUAUUUUUGGUACUAGUCGUGCCAUAACGUUUUUUUUUUUCUGUAACAAUUGGGUUUUGACGGAUUGGAUUGAAAGGUGAUAAUUUUGGUAUAUUAUGAUCUCUAGAUAUUAGAUAGAAUUUUUGGAACCGAGGCAUAAUUGAUUGAUAAAGAAAAGUUUCCUUUUUUAAUUUUUGGAAGGACAGAGAUCAAAGGGGAUUUGUACAUUGAAGCUUUUCCCUAUAAUUUCUUCAUAUUGUUCCUCUGGUAGGUGAAUAACAAGAAGGAUAGUUAAGCGAAUGAACGAGAAAAAUGAGGAAUCUCCGCGGGUGAGAACCUUGCCAAACCCGCCUCCAUUGCCAGUGGCUUUCACAAGUAGCCGGCAGGAGAACACAUUUGCAUUUGUAGCCAGGAAAUCAGCAGUGAGAAAAUACUGCUACACACCAACAGCUACAAAGAAUACGUGGGAUUGCCUCUUUGAUGAAGGUUACAGAGCCGACGUCUCUAUUAACACAGAUAACGGUGGCAUCCUCUAUGCGCAUGCUAGUAUUCUGGGUAUCAAUUCUCCAGUAUUUAAAAGCAUGUUGAGUUUGAAACAAUCCAGAAGACAUGGUCGUUGUGGUCAUCAGCGAUCCAUCACUAUAAGUGGGGUUCCAGCUGAGGCUGUUCAAGUUUUCAUCAGAUUCUUGUAUUCUUCCAGGUAUGAGGAAGAAAAAAUGAAGGAGCAUGGGCUGAGCCUGUUGGUGCUAUCGCAUGCAUACGCAGUCUCCCACCUAAAGCGAGAAUGUGAGUGGCAGUUGGAGCAAAGAUUAAACACGGAAAAUGUGGUUGACAUCUUCCAGUUGGCACUCUUGUGUGAUGCCUCCCGGCUUAGCCUUCUUUGUCACCGUUUUAUGCUGAAAAAUCUUAAGCCCGUUUCUGCCACAGAAGGGUGGAAAGCAAUGAAAGAUAGCCACCCGGUGCUUGAAAAACAGAUUUUGAAGUCUGUAAUUGAUGAAGAUAUUAAGGAAAAGGAAAGAGUGAGAAAGAACAAUGAGAGGAAAAUCUAUAUGCAGCUAUAUGAGGCAAUGGAAGCUCUGGUUCACAUAUGCAAAGAUGGCUGUCGUACAAUUGGUCCUCACGAUAAGGUUUUGAAAGAGGAUCAAGAACCGUGCCAUUAUGCAGCGUGCAAGGGUCUAGAAUUGCUCAUUCGUCACUUUGCCGGGUGUAAGUUGAGAGUCCCGGGUGGCUGCAUCCACUGCAAGAGAAUGUGGCAAGUUUUGGAACUGCAUUCUCGUCUUUGUGCCAAUUCGGAUGUUUGUAGGGUUCCUUUGUGCAGAAAUUUUAAGCAAAAGCGCAGAAAACAGAACAAGAAGGAUGAAAUGAAAUGGAGAAUAUUGGUGAGAAAGAUAGUGAGAUCCAAGAGCAUUUCUGGAGCUCCAUUCUUCUCAUUCGAAUCCACAUAAUGUGCAAUACAACCAAUCAUUGUUGCACCUUAUUGAAUUCAUUCUUUAAAUAGAUAUAAUUCAUUGCAUCUUUUACUACUAAUAUGGAAUUUUGCGUCAAGCUACACUUUCUCUACAAUGUAUCUAUACAACUCAUUGUAACUUUUUAUUAAGAUCAAUGACAAUUAAAUUACUCAGCUAA